AUGUCCAAGCCAGUAAUCCUCGUAGCUCCCACCUUAAGAUCUCUGAGUUUUUGGGCGACGACGUGUAAAGCGGGAAAAAGGUCGAGUGUGGUCCUGGGGCGCGAGAGCUUCCCUUAUAUACUCAGGCGUCUGAUCCCCGAGCCUGGCUGCGUGUGCGUGCGCCCUCCCCCAGACUACGAGGCCCCGGGCGUGCUUCAGCCGGCGAAGCCGAGGGGCUUAGGCAAAUACGAGAACUGCCUGAAAGGGGCUGGCCGCAGGAUGACUCCCCCCCAGGACGACCCCCUUGACCGCAGAAAUGUUGGAGAUCCUGAUGGGUUUAUGCCCGUGACCCGCAAGAUCCUGUUCGCCGUGGCUAAGGCCGAGGGGCGGACUGUGUCCGAGGAGGAGCUGCAGAGACUGGACCGCGCCGAGAAGAUCCUUCCCUCCGCCUUCAAGUUCAUGCUCCAGAUACAGGGCAGCGACUUCUUCGGCUUCGAAAACCCCGACGCCGAAAGGGCCCCGAUGGAGGACGCCGACACCAGCGUCAGCGGGUCCUUCGUCCAGAUGCCUCACGGGAGAAGCGUGUUCAUCCACCACUGGUAGGCGCAGACGGAGGUGCAAAAGGGAGGAGACGCAGGCGGGCUAGGAGCAGAAAAAGUACAAAAGGUAGAGAGAUGAAGAGGAGAGGGAGACAGAAGCUGUCGGA